CACAUACGUACCAUGUUUGUUUAGUCCGCGUGGUGUCCCGUUUGGUUGACGUUUUAAGCCACACACUGCAUGUUUUAAACGUGCUGCUUUUGAACACACCCCAGCAUGCUCUCUCAGCGGUAGAUUUGGAUUGGACAGACUUCUAGCUUGAGGAAAAUGGGAGACGACUUGGGUGACGAGUGGUGGACGCACGAGGGUGCGUCUGAGGCAGAGGAGGAGACACAACUAGAGAAGCAGCCAACAGAAAAACCAAACCCAAAGACAAAACCAGAGAAGAGGAAGAGUGUAACAGAGAAAACUGUUAAGGCCAAGAAGACGAAAAAGAAUGAACAGAAAGAGUGUAUUAUUCCUCAGAAGAAAGAGACUGAGGAUGAAAAGUCAACAAAACCCAAAAGAAAGAGAAAGAAGAAGACGAUUACAGAUGUCUUGUCCUCGUCGGAGCCAAAACCAGGCUGCCCGGCCGACCUGCAGAGCCUGGUUACACAGUACUUCUCAGACAAGCUCUCUGUGAUCGAGCAGGAGGAGCUCAAAUUGCUGGACUCCUCAUUUCUGUCCAGUAAUGACUUGACGCACACCCUCUCCUCAUAUCUGAAACAGGUUUGUCCCAAGUGGUCGAAAAUUCAAAAGCAGCACAAAGAAAAGAGUUCUGUGGUUCUGCUCAUCGUCUGUAGCUCCGCUCUCCGAACCAUUGAGCUCAUCAAGCAACUGACAGCCUUCAAGGGAGAAGCCAAAGCAUUAAAACUUUUUGCAAAACACAUAAAGAUAGAGGAGCAGGUGAAGCUGCUGCAAAAGGGCGUCACCCACAUCGGAGUGGGGACACCUGGCAGGAUCAGCGCUCUUAUAGAGAAAGAGGGUUUGGGCUUGCAGGCAUUGAGAUACGUGGUUCUGGACUGGAACUGGAGGGACCAGAAGCUCCGAAGGAUGUUGGAUGUUCCUGAGGUCAAACUGGACUUUAUGAAGCUGCUGGAGAGUGGUAUCCUGAAUGGUUGUAAGGAAGACAAAAUCAAAAUUGGACUAUUUUAACUGCACAUUGCUGUGUGCUGAUAAUCCACAUGACACCUUGAUGUUUAAAGCUACAUGAUGUUCCUCACUACAUGCUGAGGGGCCUCAUCCUGUUUGUUUUUCCUUUGUGUCAGUGGGAAAUCUGUGCUGUGCGUUUUUACUAUUUUCACAGGCCGUGUCAAAUGUAUGGUGUUGUUUGUUCGCUGUUGUCCAACGCGAUGUCCCAGUGUAAUGGAUUGAAUAAACCGACUCAGAAUGAAA